AUGAGCGACAACGAGGUUGCCGAUAAGAACAUAGCCCACAACGAAGUUAUCAACGACAAAUCGAUAGACGACAAGAUGGCCGACGAAAAAAUUAACGAUAACAAAACGACAGAAGAAAUUACGGCAGAGGAAAAGAUAGAAGAGACAUCGAAAGACGAUGAGAUGACUGACGCCCAACACAGUGAUGGCGAGUCGGCCGAGGACGAGAUCGUCUCCCCAGUCAAUUUCACUGGCCGAGUGCAUACGAAUGGCUGA